UCACGCCGGCCUUUAAUAUAAAAACUGUGCAAUAUAUAUAAACCCCAGGUCAUCAUCGACCGGUCGCCUUAGCGCUGUGGCCGGCAGCGACGUGGUCAGUGACUGUUGUCAAACCCAGUGGCUGCCCACUGGCGGUGGUAGUCAAGAUGCCGAGAGGAAUGGCGGCGCCCUGCUGCCGAGGCGUAUUAUGGCUGGCUCGCAGGAGCACAAUACACUCACCGUGUUCAAAAGUUAGCAGCGUGCAGGCAUGUUGUUUAGCAUAUAAGGAAGUGUUUCCGACGUUUACGUGUCCAUCAGCAUCCUUGACUUUCCAUUGUCCACACAGCACUUUGCUUUCACAGUGGCAGAAGGUCCAGGUCAUCAACUCGCGUGAUUUUUCGACCAGUUACGUCACGCCGUGUACAACCUGGUCGGAGGUCAACUCAUUUUGGUGCGAGGGAGACCCGUAUGAGAACGUAAAAAACAAAUGGUUCGCAGCGCCGUCUAGUGUCAAUGAAGAAAUCAGGAUGAAGUUUUCUGAUCUGGUCGAGAAAGCGCUGAAUGGGGAGCUAGAGGACUGGGAAGAAAAUCCCAAGGGAGCCUUUGCCCUGAUAAUUUUACUUGACCAGUUCCCAAGGAGUCUUUUUAAGGGGACAGCCAAGGCGUUCUCUGGAGAGGCCAGGGCCCUGAGAAUUGUGGACAAGUUUACAGGUCCAAGUGCCGUGUGGAACCACAGGGACAUGAGCUUUUCGGAAAGAGCGUUUAUUUACAUUCCUCUGGAACACCACGAAAAUAUGGAAUCUCAGGUGCCUUCUCUCUCUCUGUCUCUUGCCUUAAUAACUUACCAAUUGCGUACCUAA